AUGCAGCGGGUGGUCGCGACGCGCUGGCGGCUGGUGCCGCGCUCUUCUCUGCGCCCCGUCUCUGGCGCCGCUAGCGUCUCAACCAAGGCGACGAGCUCUUUCGCUGAUGUUUUGUAUGGUCAGGACACUGGCGUGCGCACGGUGCAGUUCAACCGGCCGGAGAAACUCAAUGCACUGACGCUGCCCAUGACGCAGCACUUGACGCACCGUCUGCAGAAGAUCGAGGCCAAUACGACGGUGAAUGCCGUUGUGUUCUCGGGCAACGGGGGCAAGGCCUUUUGUGCAGGGGGCGACAUCCGCGCCCUCGCAGACAAUGGCAAAGAUCCGGCAACGCGUCACGUUGCGCUCGACUUUUUCCGCCACGAGUACCGUCUGAAUUACCUCUUGGCGACUACAGAGAAACCUAUUAUCUCGUUUCUUAAUGGCGUCACUAUGGGAGGAGGGGUGGGGCUGUCCAUGCACGGCAAGUUUGUGGUAGCAACCGAGAAGACGCUGUUUGCCAUGCCCGAGACGGCCAUUGGUUUUUUUCCUGAUGUAGGGGCCUCGUACCUGCUUCCGCGACUUGGACGUCGUCUUAGUGAAGGCCAAGACUAUGUGGCUGAUGUGCCCAAGUCGCAAGCUCUAAAAGGCCAGGGUCUAGGAACGUACCUUGCGCUGACGGGCGAACGUCUCAAGGGUCAUGAAGUCAUUGGUUUAGGACUUGCCACUCACUACCUACCGACGAGCGAGUACGAAACAUUGGUGCACCACUUAACGGGUCUCGAGUUUGCUGAGCACGUGACUCAAGAGGAGCGUGAUGAGAUUAUUCACGAGGCUCUGGAAGAGCUCGAGACGGAUGAGGCCUUUCAAGAGAUUGACCCUGAGUAUCUCGAGACGAUUGAAUCCAUAUUCGGUGCAUUGAAUGAGAAUGACACGAUGGAAGGUAUCUACGAGCGUCUCGAGAAAUUGAACACGGAGUGGUCGAACGAAACUCUGACUACGCUCAAGAAGAUGUCGCCACUUAGCCUGAAGGUCACGUUAGAGCAGAUGCGACAGGGAGCCGCGAAGACGUACGCUGAGUGCUUUCAAAUGGAGUACCGAAUGGCGACGCGCAUGAUGGAGAAUCCGGAUUUCUUCGAGGGUGUUCGCUCGGUGGUCGUUGACAAGGAUCACGACCCAAAGUGGGCCAAGCGCGAUAUUACCAAGGUCACGCCAAAGGAGGUGGAGGCAUUUUUUGAGCCUCUGGACACGGACCAGGAGCUCAUUUUGUACCCGUCCGCGACGGCUGCAAUGGAAAAGGAGGAUUAG